AUGGAUCUGACCUCGGGAUUGGGGGCUGCUGGCCCAGAGGAAGAACAGCGCACAGACUCCGUAGACAGUGUCAAGAUCUGGCAUGCAACCCUUCUGCACCCCCACUCCACGGGCCACACCCUGGCUCUGGCCAACCUCACCUCCAGCCCCGGCUUCCUCCUCCUGGGCCUCAUGGAUGGCUCAGAAGCCCACCCGCUCCUGUUCCUGCUCUUCCUGGGCGUCUACCUGCUCAACACCCUGGGCAACCUGAGCAUGGUGGUGGUGGUCAGGUCCGACGCAGCUCUCCGAUCGCCCAUGUAUUACUUCUUGGGCCACCUGAGCCUCGUGGAUGUCUGCUUUACCAGCGUCACGGUCCCCAGACUGCUGAUGGGCCUGCUCCACGCGGGCCAGGCCGUCUCCUUCCAGGGAUGCUUCGCCCAGAUGUACUUCUUCGUGGCUCUGGGUAUCACCGAGAGCUACCUGCUGGCAGCCAUGUCCUACGACCGGGCGGUGGCGGUGUGCCGCCCGCUGCAUUACGGCGCCGUCAUGACCCCCGGGCGCUGUGCAGCGCUGGUGGGCACGUCCUGGAUGGUGGCCCACUUCCACUCGCUGCUGCACACGCUGCUCAUCUCCGCCCUCUCCUACCCCGCCCCCGCCCUGGUGCGCCACUUCUUCUGUGACAUGACAGUGAUGCUGAGCUUGGCGACCUCGGACACGUCCGCCGCCGAGACUGCCAUCUUCUCCGAGGGCCUGGCCGUGGUGCUGACCCCGCUGCUCCUCGUGUCCCUCUCCUAUGCCUGCAUCCUGGGGACCGUGCUGGGAGUGCGGUCGGCGGGCGGGCGGCGCCGCGCCUUCUCCACCUGCGGGGCUCACCUGGUGGUGGUGUCGCUGUUCUUCGGCUCCGUCCUCUCCGUCUAUUUCCGACCCUCAUCCGCCUACUCGGCCCGCUACGACCGCCUGGCCAGCGUGGUCUACGCAGUGGUCACGCCGACCUUGAACCCGUUCAUCUACAGCCUUCGCAACAAAGAGGUCAAGGGCGCCCUAAAAAGGGCAGUUGGAUGGAAGGCUGCGCCCCAAGAGUUCUGA